GAAAAAUAAAAAAAAAAAAAAACAAAAAAGAAACAAUUGUUUGUACGAAUUAUAUACCUCUGAUUCAACGUUGAAAAAAAUAUCAUGGCUACGUGUUUUCUUUUAAAAUUCGCAAUCACAAACGAAUUGAAGAGUUCUCACGAUUGCAACAAAGUAUUGUUUACAAAUACUUGCGAUAGUAGUUUUUUUUUUUCAACCAUUUCUGGAUGAUACAAUUUAACAUCGAAAAAAUAUUAUAACAGCAGACUUUCUUUUAAAAUUACAGUCAUAAACAAAUGGGAAGAGAUUUUACGAUUGCAUGAAGUAAUUACUUACAAAUCUUGUAAUGUCUUUUUCUCGAGCGUUUUCGAAUUACACAGCUCAACUUUAAAAAUAAAUGAGAUUUUCUUAAAAUUCCAAUCAUAAAAAAAUCAAGGAGGUUUUACGAUUGUCUGCAUUAUAUUGCGACAAGUACUUACAACUCCUUUUCUCGAAUAUUUCUGAAUUAUAUAGUUCAACAUUGAAAAAAAGAAUAAUAACAGGAAACUCUCUUUUAAAAUUGCAAUCAUGAACAAAUCGAAAAGACUUUACGAGUACGUGAAGUAUAAACACCUACGAUAUUAUUUUAUUCUCGAGCAUUUCUGAGUGAUAUAAUUCGAUCAUUGAAAAAAAAAAAAUUAUAGUAACUACAAACUUUCUUUUAAAAUUGCGAUAGUAAACAAAUCAAAAAGAUACUUUCGCAAGAAAUAAGUAACAAACACAUGCGAUAUUUUUCUCUUCUCGAUCAUUUCUGAAUAAUAUAAAUCGGUUUUUACAAUGAAAUGAAAAUUUUUUUUAAAUUGCAAUCACAAAAGAAUCGAAAUAGACCCUUCACAAUUGCAAAAAGUAUACAAGCCCUACAAUGUUCUUUUUGUUUUCUUUUCUUUUUCUUUUUAUCUUUCUUUUUUUUUUGUUUUUUUACGAGACAUCCUUGGUCCCAUGAACAACCCACGCCAUUUCUCAUCCUACGUUUGUACUCGGACACGACGGCGCGCAUACGCGACCGCUUAUCGGAGCUGUAAAGAGACCAUUAGCAUUAUCUAGUAUAGGUUGUACUAUUAGUACUUCCAUACUCUUGCCCUGUGCCCGCAGUACCGGGCGACGUUUAUCGAGUCGCAUAAUGGAAAUCGCUUAGCGACUGUGAAAGGAAAAAAAUAAGAAAAAUAAAAAAGAGGAGAAGAAAAAGAAAAAAAAAAAUGAAAAAAAAAAUUACUAAUGUUGUUUACGUUUCUUCGACUGUGAUAAAUGUUAACGUGAGCAACGUGAACUUGGCUUAUUCAGUGAUAUACAAACCUCCGAUGCCGUGGUCGUAGCUCUCGGGAAGGAUGUUCCACGGGGGCGGAAGUGGCGGGUACGGCGCAGGCUCCGACUAUCAGCAACAAUCUCAGCAACAACAACAGCAACACGGACAACAACUGCAAGCCCCCGUUUACGUACCUUCGUCCAGACCAGCAAUCCCUUCUGCAGCCACGGCAGCCCAAUAUCAUUCCUUUGCCGGUUCUGCUUCACCUGCGUGGGAGAAAACGGCGUCUUGGCAACAUGGCGUCGAAACGUACGCUGCCCACCAUGCAUUGGCUGGUCACACGAGUGCUUCCAGUGCAACGAUGGGUCCACACACGGGUCAUGCUCAUCCUCAUGCUGGCCAUCCUCAUACGGCACAUCCCCAUUCUACCCUCGCAGCGGCUGCACCCUUUUAUGCUCAGAAUGUCGCGAUGAUGUCCUCAUGGCGUGCUUAUGAUGGCGCUGGAUUUCAACGUGCUUCGCCAUACGACACGGCGAUGGACUUUCAAUUUGGCGAGGGUCGAGAGUGCGUCAAUUGUGGGGCAAUUUCCACACCGUUGUGGCGAAGGGACGGCACUGGUCAUUAUCUUUGCAACGCAUGCGGGCUUUAUCACAAGAUGAACGGCAUGAAUCGACCGCUCAUCAAACCGUCAAAACGCCUGACGGCUACGAGACGGCUAGGAUUAUGCUGCACAAAUUGUGGUACACGAACAACGACAUUGUGGAGGCGUAACAACGAUGGUGAACCGGUGUGCAAUGCAUGUGGCUUGUAUUUUAAAUUACACGGUGUUAACAGACCAUUGGCAAUGCGAAAGGAUGGAAUUCAAACGCGGAAACGGAAACCGAAAAAGACACCAGAACCAAAUGCCAGAUCUAGUACGGCGGAACACGAGACAACAGCAUCGAGCACGUCGUCACCUUCUAUGGAUCCGAAAAGUAAUCAACAACAACAACAACAGCAGCAGCAACAACAACAACAGCAGCAGCAACAACAGCAGCAACAUCAAAUCGACGUGUCUAAAUCGUCGAGUUCCUCGACGCCGACUGAAAGACCUGUAUAUCUUGGGCACACGUCCCUACUAGCAACCGGAAGUGUACCUGCCGUGAAAACGGAACCUCGAAGUUGCGACGGGAUUGUAAGUCAGCCGUACUCAUCUUAUUAUCAGCAUCCACAUCAACUUAGCGUACCAACGAGUGAACAUCAACAACAGAGUUACUAUGGAACUCAGGAAGCGCCUUAUCAUCAUCAACAUCAUGUCACAGCUGCUGCUAAGCUUCUGGCAUCAUCGUAACUUAAAUCCUUAAGCGUAAGAAUUAAAGAAAACUAAAGUUCUGCGUAAAAUAAAAGGCUAUUUUACAAUUGGACAAUUGCGUACCGAAGAAUAAGAUGAAUCAUCGAUAAAAGAAUUCGAUAAUCACCAGUUUAAAGUGCAAUCCAAGCUAACCGCUUGCUUAACGUGAUCGAAGAGAAUGUAAGAAAGAAGAAUAUCCAAAAAUAAAUAAAUAAACAUGAAAGGGAUACGAUGAAAAGGAGAAUUAAUGUAUGUACAUAAAUACGUACAUACUUACUACGUGACUAAAUCGCGUGACAACGGAAACGAAGAUUCGAAGGAUAACUCUCGAUAGACGUUUAAUGCGAGAACAUAACGAGAAUGACCUUGGAUCUCUAG